CUCACAAGUUGCCGCAUAUUAGGUAUGGAUAGUCAGAUGCAGUUGAUUAGGUAUAGUGCGGAACACAUGUUGAUGGCAAGCUUCGUCGCAUGCCUGUGCGGCUCAACGCAAGGCCCGUUGCGUGGAAAGUCGCAAUCACACCUCGGCGCGCGAUCUAUCUUUUGUAUGCAGCAAUUGUCGGACCAAAAUGAGCAUCAUAUUUUCUCUGAAGGGCAAAAUUGCGGCCAUCACUGGUGCCGGAGGGGCCAUCGGAACCCAAACGGCAAUUAGCUUUGCUGAAGCUGGUGCGAGUACCAUUCUUCUGUCCGACGUUUCCAGGGAAGCUCUAGACCGGCUUCAGAAGCUCUUGGACUCCAAACCAUCAUGUUCAGCUACGUGCUUCAUGUAUGAAGUCUGCGACGUCUCCAAUGACGAGCAAGUUGCGGAGUUGCUUGCCAAACUUGAUAAGCAUGGCGGCCUAGACAUCAUGGUCAACAACGCCGGCGUCUUCCCUACAGAUCUUGACGGGGAUGCUGUGACGGUGACGGCUCGCGCAUGGGAGUUGACGUAUAAGAUCAACGUGCUGGGCACCUGGCUGGGCUGCAAGCAUGCGAUUUUGAGCAUGCGCCGAUUCCGCAAGCAGAGCGGUAGUGUAAUCAACCUGAGCUCCGUGGCAGGGCUUAUCGGCAGCGCGACGUCGCAGCUGGCGUAUACCGCCAGCAAAGGCGCCGUCAUCGCCAUGACCAGAGAGUUGGGCAUCGUUCAUGCACGGGAAGGCUUCCGCUUCAACUCGUUGUGCCCGGGGCCUUUGGAUAGUCCCAUGCUACAAGACUUCCUGGAAAGCGAAGACGAUAGCAAAGGCUCAUCUGCCAGCAUUACCGAGCCCACAAAGGGUCAAACAGCUCGGAGACUAAGGAGGGAAGUGCACCUCCCCCAGGGACGCUGGGGUACACCGCUGGAGGUUGCGGGCGCAGCAGUCUUCCUGGCCAGUGAUGCCAGCUCUUUUGUGAACUCGACUGAGCUGGUGGUUGACGGCGGGUUAACCAAGGCAUUCGUCACUCCCGAAGGCGAGCCGCAUCACAGUAGCCUUUCAAGGCGUCAGCCAGGGACCAAUUCUAAUCUUUAGUGUUAGCCAUGC